AUGAGUCGUGUGGGCAUCAGCCAAUCACCGAGUGGGAUGACUGGGAUGACUGGGGCAGUGCCCGGCCAGACUAAGCGGCCUAAAGCGGUGUCGAUCCACGCCCCCGACUUAUAUCUCGCCCGCAAUCGCCAUUCGUUUCUUCCUCAGGACACCCUCCCUCGGCCAUUCGUGACCGAGACCAGCUUCCCAAGGGAAUCCAGCGCUCCGGGCCCGCUUAGGCCCGUUGAUACGAUCUCGUCAUGGCGGCCAGCACUUGCACCAGCACUGCAGCCGUUUUCCAGGCAAUGGCCAUCUUCUGGCAGCCCUCUCAAUCACAGUCCCUCCUCAAGCCUCCAGGAGUCGGACUCUCUGCCGAGGCCUAAUUCUUCCCCUUAUAUUCAACAACCUCACUUCUAUUCGCUUUCCUCGGCGCCGCCGUCUAUCCCCACGACUGCGCCAUUCUCUCAACCCUUCGAUACUACCUUUGCGCAAGAGCCGGAUCUUUGGACACAAUCGCACCUGUCCUUUGCCAAUACCGACUGGAACAUCGUUUCCGCCGAUCAUUCCGUGCCUUAUCCUGACAUUGACGUAGCUGUCAAUAACUUGGGAUAUGGCAUGACCCCAACCUUUACGUCGAUUUCGGACUCAGCCUCCAAUGAACCCCAAAGUUUCGCCCCUUCUCCUCUCGUUCCCAGCCCACCGAAUUCUCUAGGAUCCGCGUCGACAUCGAGCCCUCCAACCUCGCAAGGUGACGAAGUCUUGGGUCGUGUUGGUUCGUCUCGCGUCGAAAAGCGCAGACUUAAUACUCUCGCGGCUCGCCGAUGUCGUCAGAGGCGUGUCGACCGAAUGCAAACCCUGGAAGAUGAGUUGGAAAGUGUGAAAAGGGAGCGCGAUGAGUUGAGACUGCGGGUCUCAAAGAUGGAGGGUGAAACGGAGGCUCUGAAGGGGCUGUUAACCCGUAAAAGCAAGUAA